AUGGCGCCCAAGUACACCAUCCAGGCCAUCAACAGCCUCUCAGAGGUGGAAAAGCUCCGCCUCGUUCUGGCGUAUCUUCACCACAACGAGCCGAAGAACGUUGAUUGGGCCGCUGCUGCCGCUCAGUCGGGUUCCAAGUCCAAGGAGAGCUUCAAGGUCCUCUUCAACGGCACCCUCAAGAAAUUGGAAAAGCAGUCGUCUGAGGGCGGUGCCGAUACCAACGCCACUUCCCCGGCUGUCAAGGCGCCCAAGCGCAAAGCGGACUCUAACGCUCCCGACAACGACAAGCCUACGCCCAAGAAGCGUGGACGCAAGAAGGUCAUCCCUGAGGAGCCCGUCAUCAAGGAGGAUCCCGAUGUCGACGAUGAGGUGAAGGACGCUGCCCAAUUCGCGACGGAGAGCUUCUUCGACACCGCCGAGGAGUUUUAG